GAUUUUGUGUAUAAAUAGUGUCGUUAGGUCUGGUUUGAAAACAGAAUCAACUUUGGAUUAAUCUAACAUACAUCGUCUUGGACAUCUUCUGGGAAAAUGAAAUUCUUUGUCAUUGCCUUUGCUGUGAUCGCAGCUGCUUCGGCGGCCUCCAUUGCCACGGAUUACCUGCCCCCAGUGGACAACAACCUCGAAGCCGCCUCCGAGCAGGUCGAGCUGCCCGCCGCCGAGCAGGGUCUUCUCUCCGAUGAUGGAUACCGCUACAAGACCGUCCGCCGCCUCAAGCUCCGCCACCGUCGUGACGUGAACGAGCUGCCCACCGCCGAGUACCUGCCCCCAGUUGAGGAAGCAUCCGAGGCUGUUGCCGUCGAGACUCCUUUGGCCGAUGAUGGAUACCGCUACAAGACUGUCCGUCGUGUGAUCCGUCGCCGUCGUGACGUGAACGAGCUCCCCACCGCCGAGUACCUGCCCCCUGUGGAGGAGGCCUCUGAGGCUGUUGCCGUUGAGACUCCCCUGGCUGAUGAUGGCUACCGUUACAAGACUGUCCGCCGUGUGAUCCGUCGCCGCCGUGAUGUCAACGAGCUCCCCACCGCCGAGUACCUGCCCCCAGUUGAGGAAGCCUCUGAGUCCGUGGCUGUCGAGACUCCCCUGGCCGAUGAUGGAUACCGCUACAAGACUGUCCGUCGUGUGAUCCGUCGCCGUCGUGAUGUCAACGAGCUCCCCACCGCCGAGUACCUGCCCCCUGUGGAGGAGGCCUCUGAGGCUGUUGCCGUUGAGACUCCCCUGGCUGAUGAUGGCUACCGUUACAAGACCGUCCGCCGUGUGAUCCGUCGCCGCCGUGACGUGAACGAGCUCCCCACCGCCGAGUACCUGCCCCCAGUUGAGGAAGCCUCUGAGGCUGUUGCCGUUGAGACUCCCCUGGCUGAUGAUGGCUACCGUUACAAGACCGUCCGCCGUGUGAUCCGUCGUCGUCGUGACGUGAACGAGCUAUCCGCCGAGUACCUGCCCCCUGUGGAGGAGGCCUCUGAGGCUGUUGCCGUCGAGACUCCCCUGGCUGAUGAUGGCUACCGCUACAAGACUGUCCGCCGUGUGAUCCGUCGCCGCCGUGACGUGAACGAGCUCCCUACCGCCGAGUACUUGCCCCCUGUGCAGGAAGCAUCCGAAGCCGUUGCCGUCGAGACUCCCCUGGCCGAUGAUGGAUACCGCUACAAGACUGUCCGUCGUGUGAUCCGUCGUCGUCGUGAUGUCAACGAGCUUUCCGCCGAGUACCUGCCCCCCGUGGAGGAGGCCGCUUCUGCCGUCAUCGAUGUGCCUGCCGAGCAGACCAUCCUGGCCAACGAUGGAUACCGCUACAAGACCGUCCGCCGCCUGAAGCUCCGUCGCCACUAAACCGCCACCAGUCGAACACCCACCGCACAGCAUUUGAGAAUGUCAGGGAUGGGAUAUCCUACCCCGAAGUCCUUCCGUUGAAAUCUCAUCGCAUAAUGAAAUCUAACCAUAAGUCGAGCGUAUUAGUACAAAAACGAAUUAACAAUAAAAUUUUUUUUCAAAAACAA